AGAAUGGGUAUGAGUCAUAAUUUUAUUUUAGAUUGCUUGGAAAAAUGAGUAUUUGUAGUCACUUGAAAAAUUUGCUUAUGAUGUGCAACCUAGGAAGGUUUAUGAAUGCUUAUAACGUGUAAUACCUUAUUUAUGUUUUCAUUUCUCCAUUUAUUUGUGGGGUCCAGAUGGUGCUUUACCUUGGAGAGGCAAGUCGACAAUUUGGAUGUACUGAGAUUUUCAAGGAACCUUCAAAGUUUGCUUUGUCUGAUUAUUAUGAAGAGCAUUUUACCGUGCCCCAUCAAAAAAUUGUUUUGGUAACCAAUAAACGAGUUAUGCUUCUGCAGUGUCUUGCUCCUGACAAGAUGGAUAAAAGACCUUGCAAGAUUAUUUGGGAUGUACCCUGGGAUGAGUUGAUGGCACUGGAGCUGGCUAAAGCAGGCAGUUCCCAACCUUCCCUCUUGAUCCUCCAUCUGAAACAUUUCCGGAGAUCUGAAAAUUUUGUGCGAGUAAUAAAAUGCAAUAGUGUGGAAAUGUUUGAAGGAAGAGAACCCCAAGCUAUUAAGAUAUGUUCAGUUGUGCGCAAAACAUGGAAGGCAUAUCAGUCUAACAUGAAAAGCUUGAUUCUAAAGGUUCCUUCAAGUCAGAGACAAGUGCAUUUUUCCUGGACUGAAGUGGAUAGCAGAGAAUCACGGACCUCUAAUAGUAAGGCCAUUAUUAGUUCUAGAGAUAUUUCAUCAAACAGUACAGAAUCUGAUGACAGGCGAUUUGUGAGACACAACAUUAAUUUUUCGAAGAUCUGGAGCAGCGAACAAGAAUACAAUGGUCGAUGUUCAUUGUGCAGCAGAAAACAGAUUUCACGAGAUGGAAGCAUAUGUAGCAUUUGGAGGCCUGUGUGUCCUGAUGGAUAUAUAUAUAUUGGGGAUAUUGCUCGUGUUAGUCCCCACCCUCCAAAUGUGGCUGCUGUCUACCGCAAGAUUGAUGGAUUUUUUGCUCUCCCGAUGGGAUAUGACCUGGUGUGGCGAAACUGCUCGGAAGAUUAUGUUGCUCCGGUAUCAAUUUGGCAGCCACGGGCUCCAGAGGGAUUUGUGGCUCCUGGAUGUGUUGCCGUUGCUGGUUAUUCGGAACCAGAGGCUGAUCUUGUGUACUGUGUGGCUGAGUCAUUGACUGAAGAAACAGAAUUUGAAGAUUUGAAGGUUUGGUCUGCAUCUGACUCAUAUCCGUGGUCCUGUCAUAUCUAUCAAGUACAGAGUGAUGCUUUGCAUUUUGUUGCGCUACGACAAAGCAAGGAUGAAUGCGACUGGAAGCCGAAGAGAAUUCGCGAUGACCCUCACUAUCAGUUGCAAACACCAUAAUCUUAAAUGUUUUAAUCUCCUUUGAAAGAAGGUAGUAAGGUACGUAAGUUGGAACAUUAUUGUUGGAUGCGUCUUUAUUACUACCUUUCCAACAUUCAAUGGUGACGGCUGCCUACGCUCUGUUGCUCGGCUCUUCACUAAUAUUUCAUGGUUUUCACAAUCUAAACAAGGACUGGCCACAGGGCUCUAUUACAAAGGUUCGCCUAUUUCUGAUGUCAUUCCAUUAUAUUCUGAUAGCUCAAUUCCCUGAACCUAAACUCUCUCUACAACAACUUGUGUAUAACCUUUUUUUUUGUUGAAUUCAUUCUUAGCA